AUGAAGCCCAACUCAAUCCCAAGCAGUCCAAAAGAGAAUACAUAUCAAGCUGAGCUAUUCCAAAAUUGGCAUAAAAAUGGACAAUGCCCAGAAGGAACAGUCCCCAUAAGACGAACACAAGAAGAUGAAGACACUCGUGGUGUCAAAUGGAUACCACGUAGAACACAACUUAAUCAUAGCUUUUAUGAUAUCAGUAAUCAUGAGCAUGCCAUUGUUAGUUUCGGGGUUGGCGAAAUCUAUGGCGCACAUGCAUCAUUAAAUGUAUGGAACCCUUUCGUUGAUGAUGGAGAAUUUAGUCUUGCUCAAAUAUGGGUUUUGGCAGGUCCUGAUGAAGAAUUAAACACAAUCGAAGCUGGAUGGAAGGUUACUUCACCAGAAAACAAGACAAAGUUGUUCACAUUUUGGACUAGUGAUGGUUACCAAAGUACGGGAUGCUUCAAUCUAGAAUGUCCUGGUUUCGUGCAAGUAAACAAGAAUUUUUCCCUUGAUUCUCCCAUAGAACCUGUUUCCAGGUACUCUGCACAGCAAUUCGAUAUAGGGAUAACCAUAUACAAGGAGAACGGAAAAUGGUGGUUCCAAGUGCAAGAUCAGGUGCUUGGAUAUUGGCCCGGCACCAUCUUCAACUAUUUAGUGAGUAGUGCUAGCAGAAUUGAAUGGGGUGGGGAGGUUUACAAUGCGGAACUGGGUGAUCAUCAUACAAGGACUCAAAUGGGGAGUGGCCAUUUUGGGAAUGAAGGCUAUGGAAAAGCAAGUUAUUUUCGAAAUAUUGGAUACAUGGAUAACAGUGGCAAGUUCAUAGACGUGGAGGCUCAAAGUCUGAAAAAAUAUGCGACAAGACCAUCUUGCUAUAAUGUAGAAGUUGCAAAUAAUACUAAUGGAGGCUUUGGAACCCAUUUCUAUUUUGGGGGUCCUGGCUAUUCAACACAAUGUGCAAAUUAGCAAGUG